UGUUGCAAUGCUUAAUGACAUUGAUAAUGUGAAUAAUUUUUGUAUAGUUUUCUAUGGACCGACGAAGUUGGCCCUGGAAGAAAAACUCAUCUCAUAAAACAACCUUAGUGGUCGAUUCUUCUGCUGCUGCUAAUAAUUCUCAUUCUCAUGUAGAAAAGGAUGUUGUUAAGAAGCCAAAGUAUGUGAAAAUCUCCGGGGAGCAGUAUACACAUCUCACUGGUCUAGAAGAACAGAUAAAGACAUAUGAUUGUCAGAUUAAAUCUUACGAGAGUCAGGUUGAAGCUUAUGAGGAUCAAGUAAAAAACUUUGAAGAACAGAACAAGACGUACAAUGUUCAGAUUAAAUCCUACGAGAGUCAGGUUGAAGCUUACGAGGAGCAAGUUAGGAGCUAUGAAGAACAGAUUGAAGCCUAUGAUGAGAAGGUUCAGAUCUAUGCUGAACAAGUGGAGACACUGAAUGAGCAAAUAGCUACCAAAGAGGCUUUAGUGAAGCAACACUCCAAGGUCGCUGAAGAUGCUGUUGCAGGUUGGGAGAAAGCUGACGCUGAAGCUUUGACGCUGAAAAACACGCUGGAAUAUGUUACUCUCUCGAAACUCACAGCUGAAGAUCGUGCGACCCAUUUGGACGGCGCGUUGAAAGAGUGUAUGAGGCAGAUGUGGAACUUGAAGAAAGACCAUGAAGUGAAUCUGCAUGAUGUUUCUUUGGCCAAGACAAAGCAGAUUGAGAAACUAACAAUGGAGUUUGAGAAGAGGAUCUCUGACUAUGAACAUGAGCUACUAAGGUCUGAAGCUGAUAGUGAUGCCUUAUCAAGAACUUUACAAGAACGGUCCAACAUGCUAGUGAUGGUUAGCGAGGAUAAGUCAAGAGCUGACACCGAAAUCGAGACCUUGAAGAGAAAUCAAGAAACAUGCGAAAAGGAAAUAAAGUCUCUCAGUUACGAAGUCCAUGUAGUUUCUAGAGAGCUUGAGAUACGCAACGAAGAGAAGAACAUGUGUAUUAGAUCCGCAGAAGUUGCCAACAAGCAGCACUUGGAAGGGGUGAAGAAGAUAACUAAGCUGGAAGCAGAAUGUCAGAGACUUAGAAUUCUUGUGAGGAAAAAGCUUCCAGGACCAGCUGCACUUGCUCAGAUGAAGCUUGAGGUUGAGAACUUAGGUGGAGACACUCGCCCGAAGAGAUCUCCAAGGAAGGCUUCUAGCCCCUGCAAGUCUCCUAGAGGAUAUUCAUCUUCUGGUUCCGACUUCUCUGUCGAUAAUUCACAAAAGAAAGAGAAUGAGUUUCUGAAAGAACGUUUACUUGCGAUAGAAGAAGAGACGAAAAUGCUUAAAGAAGCCUUAGCAAAGCGGAAUUAUGAGUUGUUGGAGUCAUGGAAUCUUUGCGCUCAGAGCAAUACUAAGCUUCAAAGCUUGGAAGCUCAACUCCAACAAAACAAGCAAUUAAGUUCAAUUUCUGUUUCUGAAGAUGGGAAUGAUGAUUCUGGAAGUUGCAGUGGUCGAUCUUUUUCAACAACUCCUUCACAACAGACCAAGAAGGAGAUGGCAACACUGCAGAGGGUUGAAAGUGUUAGCAGUCAAGUCGAGCUUAUGGAUGAUUUUCUUGAAAUGGAGAAGUUUGCUUGUUUGCCAAAUCAAUCUACUGGAAAUGGUAGUAUUGAUUCCAAAGAUAGUUCAAAUGAUCAAAAGUCAGAACUGGUGAGUGUUGAGGCUAAUACCGAUAGAGGUAAUCUAGCAGUGAUGGAACUCAUAGCUAGAUUAUCAAAGGUUCUUGAAUCUGUAUCUGCUGAUGCUGACUUAGAAAUGGUCGUGGAAGAUGUAAAAUGUAUUUUGCAAGAUGUGAAUGUUUUUAUAGACCAGGAAAAAACUUAUGAUGUGCAGGUUCAUCCUCCUGAAGCAGUGGCUGAUUUAUGUCCAGCAGAAGCAGAGUUGCACAGCGUCCACCAAGAUUUGAAAACUGAUGUUUCUCGGAUUCAUGAGUUUGUUUUGUUGCUAAGGAAAGAUGUAAGGACAAGUGAGGACACUGUGAUCGAAUUGAAUGAUUUGGUUGAACUGAUCAAUGGCUUCUCCAUCACGUUCGAACAUGUUUUAAUUGGAGACAAAAAUUUGGACGAUUUUGUCUCGGAUCUUGCUAAUGUCUUCAACGAGGCCAUGGAGCUAAAAGUAACCUUCAGGGGUCUUUCUUCCUUCGAGGUUGAAAUUGUGAGCCCAGAUUGCAUAGAUAAGGUUGCGUUACCCGAGAGCAAGGCUGUAGAUAAAGAUUCAUCUAAAGAAAUAUAUCAAAAUGGACGUUCUAAGGCUCCCUGUGAUGAAAACAAAGAUAUGAGGUAUGAAUCAGACUCCAAGUCACAGGAAAUAGAAGAGCUGAAAUCAGAAAAGGAAAAGAUGGUAGUGGACAUUGAGGAACUAAAGUCUCAGUUACAAGAAUCUGAGAAGACGUUAGCUGACAUCAGAUCACAUUUAGAUUCUGCUCAGAGGCCAAACAGGCUUGCGGAUACACAACUCAGAUGUAUGACUGAGUCAUACAGAUCACUUGAAACAUGUGCAGCUGAUUUAGAGAUUGAUGUGAACCAGAUUAAGGAAAAGGUAAAGAGUUUAGAGAAUGAACUUGAGGAUGAAAAACACAAUCACCAAGAAGCUAUUAUGAGGUGCCAUGAACUUGAAGAACAUAUUCAAAGAAAAAUUUCUUUGGUUGAUGAGAAUGAGGAAGAGGCUGAUAUCAAGACGAAACAGGAGAGAGAGUUGACAGCAGCAGCAGAGAAGUUAGCAGAGUGUCAAGAGACCAUAUUUGUGUUGGGGAAGCAGCUGAAGUCAUUGUGGCCGCAACCUGAACGUGAGUCCUAUUCUGAGGAGGAGUUAGGCACCAAGAACUACGCCUUGGACGAAGGAGAUUCAGCUGAUACUUGGGUUAACGAGGUCCCUAGAUUUAUGGAAUCUCCAAAAUGUCCCUCUGAUACAGAGACUAUUGAUUUAAGAAACAGUCCAGUUAACAUUGUAUAUUACCGGCUUGGAAUAUCAUAUCCAGAGGUAACGGAGAUGCAAGCUCGUGCGAUUUUUGAAGCAGCAGCGUCAAUGCAAGACCAAGGUGUCACUGUUCUUCCUGAGAUUAUGGUUCCACUUGUAGGAACUCCUCAGGAACUGGGUCACCAUAUUAGAGCUCCAUUUGCGCUGGAUCUGCAAAUAAGCAUAUACAUUAUGCACUUCUGA